GUGGCGUCAACUACGACUCGGCACCCACCAACCAGCUAGCCACUUGAGUCGAAAUCCGGUUAACGACUAUAACAAGAGACCAUUUACCGCCAAAUCAAAGAGCAGCCGCGAGCCAGCACACGUGAAAAUCCGAUUUGCUUCGUCUCCCUAUCCUCGGCUUAGCCUUCGAUGUCGUCGGUCGCCGGCAUUCAAGAUCGCCUCCUCGAAGUCACGGUGGUUGGUUGCAGCAAAUUGAAGGACACGGAAUGGAUUUCGAAGCAGGAUCCCUACGUUUGCCUGGAAUAUGGCAGCACCAAGUUCCGCACUCGGACCUGCACCGACGGCGGCAAAAACCCUAUAUUUCAAGAUAAGUUCACGUUCAAGAUGAUUGAGGGGCUUCGGGAGCUGGACGUUAGGGUUUGGAACAGCAACACGGUCACUCUCGACGCCUUCAUUGGCAGCGGAAAGGUUCAAUUGCAAAAGGUUUUGACUGAGGGCUACGAGGACAGCACAUGGCCGCUGCAGACUAAAUCCGGCAGGCAUGCAGGAGAAGUUAGACUUAUACUGUACUAUGGAAAUGCCAAGAAGACAGCAACAAACUACGUUCCGUCAGCUCCAACAUAUGUAACACCAUCAGCCCCUCAGGUCCCUAUGUACUCUACACCACCACCAUCUGCAGCUCUUUAUUCGUCUCCGGCCCCUCUUUAUUCGUCACCACCCCCCGCUAACCCAACACAGGCCCAGUAUUCUUUGCCCCCACCCGGUUCAGCUACUUAUCCUCCUCCGGGACCAUACACUCCCCCUCCACCAGCUGCUCAUCCUCCACCAUACAUGAUACCUCCACAAUACCAACAGCAACCUCCAUAUCCACCACCUCCACAGGCGGCGCCCUUCUAUGUUCCUGGCCCACACACUGGCAUGUAUCCUCCGCCACCAUACUGAGACAAAUCUCCUCUGACUCCAAGGUCGAAGAACAAGAUUUCCAAUCUACUAAUAGCCAUGUAUGUUUUCGGCCUUGGCUGACUCUCCUUUCUAACAUCAAGGUUUCAAUGCUUCUGAUGACAAAUUUUUCUGGUGCUUGCCAGUGAAAUUGUUGAUAAGUUGUAUUUUGAAUAAUGUGUCCGUGACACAUAUCUUCGUUUGGUCAUUUUAUUUGCCUUCAACUAGGGCAUAUCUUGUUUGAUUUUGCUGUAAGAGCUGUUAAUAUGAAAUUAUACACACAAAGUUGUUUAAACUAAUGUGCUUAAACCAUUUGUUUGCCUACAA